AGGGCAACCCUUUUUAUGUACUCUCCUGAUGACGUCUGCUUUUCCUGUCACCAAUUAUAUUUCUCGCCUCAGGGGUUUAAUCAAGUCUUGAUGAAAAUGGACAGAGUAAGGACCACAGUUACCAAUAUUUUUGGCAGGGUCCCUCUCACUUACACACGCUUCAGUUUGACCCCACAAACAGAUGGAGACAGCAGUCAAGUGGAGAUGAAGUUGGCAGAUGAGGAAGAGUGUGGUGAUCAUCCUCUGGGAGACCAUCUUGUGAAAAAUCAGUCUGGAAAAAAUGGCUGCAAAAGUUUAUGCUUUAAAGUCCUGAUAGUUGUCCUGCUGUUCUUGAUAGGAUUUCUUAUAGGGUACUUGACUUACCGGGGUCGUGUUGGCUCUGAGCAGCCUAGUAGUGGAGCGUGCCUGCCUUCAAAUGAUGUGAAUACUGAGGAGGAAGUGUUUGAUACAAAUCCACCGACUAUAUACUGGAGUGAUUUAAGGUCUAUGUUUCGAGAUAAGAUGGCUGUUGCCCCAUUUGAGAAAAACGUACAAGAGCUAUGCAGCCGUUCUCGUGACGCUGGUGCGGAUAGUGAAGAGACUUUGGCUAAAAUGAUUAAUGAGAAACUCGGCGCCAUUUUAUCCAAGGUGUGGAAUGACGAGCAUUACGUCACUUUACAAGAGUCUAACAGGGCUAACAAAAUCACACUUUUGAAAGAUGAUUCAACACUAGAGACUUUUACGCUCUCUUCGUAUGUUGCUUACAGUCCUGCCGCCUCUGUUAAUGGUAGCCUCGUGUAUGGCCGUUUUGGUACUGAGAGAGACUUUGAAGAUCUCAGUGCAAAAAACAUUGAUUUAAGUGGAAAACUAAUUAUUUUACGAUCUGGAUCUAUACCCUUUUCAGAAAAGGUCCGAAAUGCUGAACGGGUUAAAGCAUCUGGGGUCCUAAUUUAUCCUAAUCCUGAAGAUGUUUCCUUUCCUGGUCAAAAUGGUGACAUUGAUUCUCUGUUUGGACAUGCUCAUUUUGGUACUGGUGAUCCUUUCACUCCUGGCUUCCCAUCAUUUAACCAUACCCAGUUUCCACCAUCAAAGUCUUCAGGACUCCCACAGAUUCCAGUUCAAACACUUUCUAGUAGAGAUGGAAGAAAGCUUUAUGAAAAACUUGAAUCUACUGGCUGUCCCGAGACUUGGAUGAGCGGCUGCAAACUAGGCAACCAGUAUAAGGUUAAGCUUGAAGUGAACAAUAAUUAUGUUGAAAAGAAAAUUUACAAUGUCUUUGGAGUUCUUAAAGGCGUUGAUGAACCAGAUCGCUAUGUUGUGGUAGGGGCCCAGAGAGACUCUAUGGGCAUAGGAGCAUCCAAGGCAUUUGUUGGGACAUCUUUGCUUGUGGAGCUUGCUCGCAUGAUAUCAGAAGUGGUUAAGGAUGGGUAUAGACCCAGACGCAGCAUUGUGUUUGCAAGCUGGGGUGCAGGGGACUUUGGAGCUGUUGGUGCAACCGAGUGGUUAGAGGGUUACCUUACUACUCUACAUCUUAAAGCAAUAUCCUAUAUCAGUUUGGAUGCCAUUAUCCAAGGAUCUGAUUCGCUGGAAGUGUCUGCUAGCCCUCUGAUGUACAGCAUGAUCCAAAAAAUCCUGAAAGGGAUCCCAGAUCUUGUCACUAAUAAGCCAAAAUUUAGUUAUGGAUUCUCCAUGGAUGAUGCUGCAUACCCCUUCCUUACAUAUUCCGGUAUCCCAUCUGCGUCUUUUCGUUUUCAAAAGGAUAAAAAACCAUAUGCAUAUCUUGGAACUGAGAAGGACACUUACGAAAAUUUUAGGAACUUGGUGAAUGUCAACAGUAUGUACAGAACUGCUGCAGAUUUAACUGGCCAGAUAAUUCUGCGUCUGACGCAUGACCACAUUCUGCCGCUGGACUUAACUCAAUACAAAUCUGAACUGCUUAAGAGAACCAUGGAGCUUGAUGAUCAACGGACUUUAACUAGUAUGCAGAUGACCACAAACUGGAUGAGUUCUGCUAUGGGUGACUUCGGCAGGGCAGCCACCACGCUCAAGGACAGUUUUGCAAACACUGACACAGAAAACAAGCCUUUUCUCCGUUCUCUAAAUGAUAGACUCAUGAAGGUUGAGCACUCUUUGCUGUCUCCUUACGUUUCUCCUAAAGAAUCACCAUUUCGUCACAUUCUCUAUGGCUCUGGCAAUCACACCUUCGAUGCAGUGAAGAAGCACCUAGAUUUACUGAAAGAGAACAAGGAACCGUUUAAUCGAGAUCUGUUUAAAAACCAGCUGGCUCUUCUUACUUGGACUUUACAGAGCACCGCAAAUGCCCUGGAAGGCGAGAUCUGGGAAAUAGAUAAUGAGUUUUAAGAUGAUGCCGUACAUGUCAAACGUGAAGCACUUAUUUCUAUUCGAUUCCCACUAGAUAUCAUCUACAAUAUUUGUUUUCCCUCCCCUUUCUCUAAGUCAACCUCCCUGAUGAAUUAGUUAUGUAUACAUUAUUUUUUUCCUCUCUCCAUUCUGUGCCAUACCAGCUACUGAGACGAGCAUGCUAGGUCUUUAUUCUAAUCUACUGCCCUAAAGGGUGGUAUGUGGAAUGCUCCUUUAACCACCUCUUUCAGGUCAUGGACUUUCCAUGCGUUUGUAAAGUCUCAGAAUAGCUACAGACACUAGAUAAAACCAGGAAUAUUUUCCAGUACUGAGGCCGGCCUUUACCCUAAAAACGAGCCACCUGGUUUUUGUUACCAUUUCUUAUUGGCUGCCUCCUUCAGGUUACAAAGUCAACUGCUACUCUACCUGCAGUGCAGGAGCAGUAAUUACAUUGAUGGAUGGGUUCAAGCUAGCUGGAUUGGGAACGUCUAUUUAGCACUGAAUACUUAUUUAUUUAUCAGUGACAGCGAUCACUAUAAAUGGUGUUAAUUUUGUUAUUCUGGUAAUUAUCGGAAGCAGUGCCUUCCAUAAUUGACGGUUAUACUGUCGGAUUUUUUUUUUUUCUACGAUAAAAGCAGCAUCUGCUUAACCGGUCUGACAUGAUACUGGAAUUUCUACUCUUACUGUACAGUGCGACAGAAGGCUUAUACCGAAGACCUUGCAAUUGUUGUAACUUGGUAGGAACAAUCUUUCUAUUGAUAAGAGAGCGUCUUCGUAUUGGUGGUUGGCUUCGUUCAUCAAGAAAAAGGCAAUAGAUUACAAUUGCCCAAAUGACAUUUUUUUUCCCUAUGGACGGACAACGUCUUGGUGCAAGGACUAAAAUGUACUGUGUUCAGGCACGCCGCUAAUCAAGGCAGGCAACUACCAAUUUCGGUGAUUGCAAGGUCUUUUCUGUCCCAUUGUAUCGUUAGUAGGAACCUCUCAGCAGGUAUUAACCUGCAGCCUUAAUGUUACCUUGCUUUUGUGCAUGCCCCUAUGGAAAAUGAAGAUUAGGAAGGUGACGUGAACCAUGCAGCCGUGCUGCUCUCCAGGAGUCACCUGGGUUGUGCUGCAACGGUGGCCAUUGGUCUAUGCUGUAUUCAUACCCACUUUUCCAUGAUUGAUGCACAGAGUGGGCAUCAAUGGAGGAGAGGUGGGCUUAAUUACAGCCAAGACCGAUUACAACUGUGACUAUUCACAACCGCAGUGCCAACCAGAUGAAUAUUGGAAAGCAACGUACAUCAUGGGGCAUGUCCAAAAAAAGGUAUUCACAAAUCGCAAGCGCCGAAACAUCAUGGUGGUAGUUUAAUAAACUGCUGAGAGGUUCCCUUUAUUAACAAAGCACUCC